AUGCUCGCUCCAAGCGUCGACGUCAUCGUGUCACCCUUCUCUCGCCGUGCUGCACCGUCGUCGGGCAUCACCAUCGCAGCCUCGCAGGAGGCGGCCAUGGGUGAUGAUGGCGCGGGGUGCUGCCCCCGUCGCGUGGCUCGGCCUCCACGGCAUCGGUACGCGCCUUCCUCAAAGGAGCACUGCGAAGCACGGUCUGGCCUCCUCUCCAAGAUCGAGUCAUCCUACACGGAGGCGCAGCACCGUCUCGCAGUGCGGGGGAGGCCCGUCACGCUCUCGCGCUUCCUCGACGCCGGCGUCUGCAUCGGCCUCCUCGACCCCGUUUCCAACAUCAUGAUUCCCCUACGGCCCUACCUCGCCGAGUGGGAGUCCAUGCGCUACCUGCUCCUCGCCGACGCCGACCUGCUCUGCGCCGCCAGCACCAUCGUCGCCGACCGCGGCAUGAUGCUGCACUUCUCCCUCAACUCCCCCGCGUCCGCCCCGGCAGUCGAGGCGGCCCUCGCGCUCGCUGCGCAGGUCUCCAAGCACCCCCAACCCAAGCAGCUGGCGCUGGCCAGGCUACCGCGCGGCGAGCUACGCUCUCACCUCCACCGCAGUCUGCUCAGGGCUGGUCACUGCUACGGACCCAUGGACCCAGCAGUCACCCCAGUGCUUGAUGUUAUCGGCCUGGACAGCCUCACCCGCCUACAAAGCCGCUCCUUCUAUGGACUUGUCUCCUUCAUCCAGACUCGCUACCAUCAUCUGUCUGAGCACCAGUCCGUGCAGUGUCUGAUCGCUGCCUGUGGUCAGCUGUCCCUUGCUGAUCCUAAGCUCAUGUCUACAGCAGAGCAGAGUAAGGGGGAACAACGUCAUCACUGCAUGUGGAACCACUAUGAUGAAGUCAUCAGAAGCGUGGAGCAGCAAAGCCCAUGUGCUGGCGUCCAAGAGGCUUACAUGGCUGCAGACAUCGCAGCAUGGCAUCCCAACCCUGACGAGCAAGCUACAUUCCUUGCAUCUUGGAAGGGAGAUCCGGUGGUGAUGAACCAGCUCACCUCUGAAGAUGUGCACCAUUGGUCUCAGUUUAUGUCUCCAGAACAGACACCAACUCCUGAACGAGUAUGCAAGUCCGGCUAUCCUGUCGUAGCUGGAAAGAUGCGCUCUGAGGUUCAGCAGAGAAGGGUAUCCAGAAAGAAACCUGCAUACGAUCUUCAUAUCAUCUCCUGUGUGAAUAAGAAUGUAGGUGGCCCGGAGUAUUGCGAGGAGCAGAUUGCUGAGGAUUGCCUGUCUUUUGCUCCCUGUCGCUACCUUUACACUCAUGUCAACUUCUUGGCCACUCGGAAGGAUUCUCUGUCCAAUACCUCCUAUACGACACUCUUCUUUGCUGAAUUUGAUAAUAAAAAGAAGGAUGGGGCACCCCUUGUGUGCUGCCCUGUGCAUGAGCCAAUAGCUUUUGCAGCAGAGCAUGUCCGGUGCCUGUACUGUGAAGCUGCAGGAGCAAGGGUUGUGCAUCCAACUUCGAUGGAAUUCCAUGGUGGGGGCGAAGAGUUUGAGAAGGUGAUCCACGGAGAACAUUCUCUAAGCAAUUCGUGGCUUAUCUGCAAGAACAACUUCGCUGUCGAGCGCAUGUGUGCAGUGGAAGAGGAUUUCAUGUACGUCGAUGUCAAUGAGACCGAAUGA